UCCGUCACAGAUAAGAUGGGGGCGAAGGAUAAAAAGAAGAAGAAGGGCUCAAAGAAAGAGGAAGAACAUGCAUCUGGGGAGGAGGAGGAAGGGAAAAAGAAAAAGAAAGAAAAGAAGAAGAAAGGAUCAGUUCGGGGAGAUAGUGAUGACGAUACCAAGAAGACAAAAGGAAAGAAGAAGAAAGUUGAAAAUUAUGUUGAGAUCUAUGAGAAUGAGCUUCGCAAUUAUGAGCCGGACCAAGUAGAAGAUUACGAGGACGAGUAUCACAAGAAGAAAGUGUACGAGGUGGUGACCAUCACCGGCGACGAGCGAGGAGCCGGCACCGACGCCAACGUGUUUGUCACUCUGUUUGGAGACGGUGGCAUCACUCCCAAAGUCCACCUGGCGAGCAACACAGAAAAGAGGAGUCGCACCGCUUUCGAACGAAACAAGACGGAUGUUUUCAGAAUUAGAACUCACAAUAUUGGACCUUUGAAAAAGAUAAGGAUCGAGCAUGACAACACGGGCCUGAGCGCCAACUGGUUCCUGGACCGGGUGGUGGUGACGGAUGUGAUCCGGCCUCACCUGAGGUUCUACUUCGCUUGUAACAACUGGUUCACUAAGGAGGAGGGAGACUGCCUUUAUAUCAGAGACCUGCUGGGCAGCCUGGACCCCAUGGACAUACCCAAAUAUAAUAAGUAUAUAGUGAGUGUUUUCACUGCUGAUGUCAAAGGCAGUGGCACGGAUGCGGAUGUCUUCAUCAAUAUCUUCGGGGAGUUUGGAAACACAGGUGAAAGGCGACUUAACAAUGACAAAAACAACUUUGAAAAGGGCACAGAGGACAAGUUCACCAUCGAGGCACCAAACCUGGGCAAAGUGAGAAAGAUCACCAUCGGCCAUAAUAACAAAGGCUCCUCUGCAGGAUGGUUUGUGGACAAGGUAGUUGUGGAUGACAUGGGAAACAAAAUGGUUUAUGAAAUUCCAAUCAGUCGAUGGUUUGCCAUGGAUGAGGAUGAUGGGAAGAUCCAGAGAGACAUGUUGGUGGGGGGGAACCAGCCCAUAGGUAUUGUGUACAGCGUCCAGAUUGUGACAGGAAACAUCCGAGGUGCUGGCACCAACUCCAAAAUCCACGUCGUGAUGCACGGCUCGAAAGGCAUGAAGAACAGUGGCAAGGUGUUUUUGGAGGGAGGAAAGUUUGAGCGUGGCCUGACGGACAUCUUCAAUGUGGAGAUUGCUGCGCUCAUCAGUCCCCUCAGCAGAGUCACCGUUGGACACGACAAUGACGGAGUCAGUGCUGGGUGGUACUGCGAGAAGGUGGUGGUGUACUGUUCGUUCACAGGGUUAGAGCAGACCUUCCCAUGCAGCAAAUGGCUGGAUGAGGGGGAAGGAGACGGGCUGAUAGAGAGAGAGCUCUAUGAGAUGGUCUCGCUCAGGCAGAGGAGACAAAAGAAGUACCCCUGGUCCUUGUGGAUCUGGACUUCAGACAUCCCCGGUGCAGGAACCAAUGCCGAUAUCUGUUUCCAGGUAUACGGAGAAAAGGGCAAGAGCGAUGAGAUGGGACUGAACAACAAAACAGACAACUUUGAACAGGGACAAGUGGACCGGUUUAUGGUUGAGCUGCCUGAUUUAGGAAGAUUUACCAAACUCCGCAUCUGGCACGAGAAAAGAAAUCCUUUUGCAGGAUGGCAUCUCAGUAAGGCAACUUUGAUGAAGACGUUAACGAAGGAGAAGUACAAGUUUCCUUGCGAGCGCUGGCUGGAUACAAACGAAGACGAUAACGAGGUCGUGAGGGAGCUAAGUGCCACGGGAGACUCCGUCGCUGAGCCGCUGCCCGGGAUCAAAUACAGAGUGACGGUGUGCACGGGCACUGUCGGCGGCAGCGGCACAGAUGCAUCUGUUUAUCUGAGUCUGAUUGGAGACCUCGGGGACACCGGAAGACGAGAGCUGGUCGUCUGCAAAAACAACGUCAACAAGUUUGAGAAAGGAAAUAUGGAUGAGUUCAUAGUGGAGGCGGUAGCUCUUGGGAAGAUUCGCAGGGUGAGGAUUGGACACGAUGGCAAAGGUGGAGGCUGCGGCUGGUUCCUGGAUAAAGUGAUCGUGAGAGAGGAGGGACAGGCGGGCGCCGACGCUGAGGAGUUCCCUUGCAACAGGUGGCUGGACCGCAACGAGGACGAUGGACAGAUCGUCAGAGAGUUAGUGCCGUUCUCAGAUGGACAGCGUCUUUACAACGUGGACUACCACAUCGCCGUGAAGACGGGCAGCAUCCCCGGGAGCAGCUCGGACUCCAACGUGUUCGUCAAGCUCUACGGAGAAAAAUGCGACACCAGUACGAUGAUGCUGUUGGUCUCUGCCAACAACCUGGGGAACUACUUCGAGACGGCUCGCGUGGACAUCUUCAUCGUGGAGACCGUUGACAUCGGACAGAUCAACCGUCUGAUGAUUGGCCACACCAAUGAAGGCAUGCGUGCCGGCUGGUUCUUGGACAGCGUUCAGCUGAUGGUUCCGGUCCAUGGAAAGCAAUACAUGUUCCCCAGCCACCGCUGGCUGUCCAGGGGUGAUGCUGAUGGCAAGACCGAGGUGGAGAUCUAUCCGAGCGAGAUCCUGGACAUAGAACAACUGAUUAAUUAUGAGGUAACAGUCGUGACUGGAGAUGUGACUUUUGCUGGCACCAACGCCGGCGUGUUCAUCCAGAUCUAUGGGGACAAGGGGAAGACCGAGGUUAUCACGCUCGAGAGCAGAUCCAACAACUACGAACGGAACGCCACAGAGAUAUUCAAGAUAGAGGGCAAAGACGUGGGGAAGGUCUUCAAGGUCCGCAUCGGCCACGAUGACUUGGGGGUCGGAUCCGGCUGGUUCCUGGAGACGGUGGACGUCAAACAUCUAAUCAUGGCCUUGGUGCCCAAGGAAAAGAAAAAAGAGGACAAGAAAAAGAAGAAGAAAAAGAAAAAAGAUGAGGAAGAAGCGGAAGAGGAGGGAGGAGAGGAGAUGCAGGAAGUGGUGCUGACUUAUCAUUUCCCCUGUUCGCGCUGGCUGGCAGGGGGAGAGGAGGACGGCGAGCUGGUGGUGGAGCUGCUGCCUGAGGACGCAGAGGAGCUGGAAGUCAACACCUAUGAAGUGUGCGUCUUCACCGGCGACUUGCUCGGCGCCGGGACCGACGCCAAUGUCUUCAUCAACAUUUAUGGUGAAAACGGAGACACCGGAGAGCGCUGUCUGAAGAAGUCUGACAACCUCAACAAAUUUGAGCGGCAGCAGGAGGAUGUUUUCAUCGUGACGGCUGUGGAUCUGGGUGUACUGAAGAAGCUACGAAUCCGUCACGACGACACCCGUUCGUAUUCGUCUUGGUACCUGGAUCGCGUGGAGAUCGUGGACACAAAGGAGGAUACGACGUACUAUUUCCCUUGUACCCGCUGGCUGGCAGUGGAUGAGGACGAUGGGCAGAUAGCAAGAGAGCUAGUUCCUGUGGACGAGGCCUUCAUGAGGAAGGAUGAAGAUGAGGAGGGAACAGGCGCAACUCUGGGGCUCGAGCAGAAAUCCAUGUCCACAACAUAUACUCUCAAAAUAAAAACCGGAGAGAAGAAGUAUGCUGGAACGGAUGCCAACGUCUUUGCCAUCCUAUUUGGUGAAAAAGACAACACAGGGGUCAUAAACCUAAAGGCUUGUAAGCACUAUAAGAAUAAGUUUGAACAGGGGAUGGUCAAUGAGUUCACGGUGGAGGCGGUGGAUUUGGGAGACCUGGAGAAGCUUCGAAUUGGCCACGACAACUCAGGUGGUUCAUCUGGUUGGUUCUUGAACUUUGUCGAGAUCGACGCCGUCUCUCAGGGUCAGAGACUACACUUCCCGUGUGGCCACUGGUUGGAUAAAGAAGAGGAUGACGGGGCGAUCGUGAGGGAUCUUUACCCCGCUGAGCUACAGACGGAGCUCUACAUGCCAUUUGUGCCUUACGAGAUAAAGAUUUACACCAGCGAUGUGUUUGGUGCGGGAACAGACGCGGACGUGUUCAUCGUCUUGUACGGACGCGAGGGCGUGUGCACGCAGCAGAAACACCUGUGUGUCAACAAGAGAGAGAGACGUCUUCACUUUGAGAGGGGAGCCGAGGACAUGUUCAUUGUGGAGCUGGAAGAUGUCGGUGAGGACAUCGAGAAAAUCAGGAUAGGACACGACAACAAGGGCUCCAACCCAGGAUGGCACCUCGACAGAGUGGAGAUCAGACGACAGCUCAGGAAAGGAAAGGGUUCAGAGACGACCAUAUUCCCAUGUGAGUGCUGGCUGGCCAAGUCGGAAGACGAUGGGGAGACGGUGAGGGAGCUGGUCCCCUCGGACAUCAUCACAGAGAAACUCCUCAGGGAUGGGAAGCUGAAAACGACUGAAAUAGAGGUGGAGGACGCUUUGGAGAUUCACAUGUACAGCGUGUCUGUGCGGACAGGUGAUAUGUAUGGAGCGGGAACCGACGCCAACGUUUUUCUCACCAUCUACGGAGACCUGGGGGACACGGGAGAGCGUAAACUCGCCAAAUCCGAGAACAACAAGAACAAGUUUGAGAGAGGAGAGGUGGACAAGUUCUCUAUUGAGGCUGUGGACUUGGGCCAGGUGUUUAAGAUACGUAUUCGUCAUGACAACUCCAUGGUCGGGGCCGACUGGUACCUCGACCAGGCCGAGGUGCUGGAUUUUGAAACGGAGGAGGUGUACAUGUUCCUGUGUGAGCGCUGGCUGUCCAAGAAGAAAGAGGACAAACGCAUUGAGAGGACGUUCUUCGUCAAGGGAUAUGAAGGGGAAAGAAACAUCGAUCCAAAUUCCAAGAAGAUGCUUCAAGCCAAACUGGGACUGGACAGAAAUGCCAACAAGAAGAAAAAGAAGAAAAAGGUGGCGGAGGAGGGUCCAAUCAUCCCCUAUCAUUUCACCUUGUCCACUGGGAUGGAGCGGGAUGCCAGCAGCACAGCCAGGGUCUAUGUCAUCAUCACCGGACCCAACGACGUGGAGACAGACCGACUGUGGCUCGACCUCCCAGAGGGAAAGAAAUCCUUCACCGCGGGCACCAUGGAGCACUUUGUGUGUUCUGGGACGGACGUAGGAGAGAUCAAGAGGGUGGAGCUCGGCCAUAACGGUGUCACACCAGAGAGCUGCUGGCUGGUGGAUGAGCUGUCGGUUGCCGUGCCAACCAAAGGUAUCAAGUACAGCUUUCCAUGUAACUGCUGGCUGGCUAAAGACCGGGGCGAUGGUCUGACCGCCCGACUGUUCAAUGUGCUGGACGCCACCACCAUCAACAUCAACCGCAAAGUCAUUUAUUCGGUAACGGUUGUCACAGGGGACACUCAGUUUGCAGGGACGGAUACCAACAUUUUCCUGACAGUGUUCGGAGCCAAUGGGAGCACAGAGGAAAUGCUGCUGGUUAAAAAUGAGGACAGGUUUGAAAGGGACCAACAAGACACGUUCAGUUUGGAGAUCGACGACAUCGCUCCUCUGAAGAAGAUCAGAGUUCAGAUCGAUGGCUCUGGAAGUCGGCCUGACUGGUUUCUCGACAGGAUCAUGAUGCGGAGCCUGAACACGGAGGAGACGUAUGUGUUCACUUACGAGGACUGGCUGUCGAAGACGAAAGGGCCAAAGAGGAUAAAGGUGUGUGAGCUGGCGGCUGUGGUGGAGGAGGAGGAGAUGGUGGAGAGGACUACCUACAUCAUCAAUGUCCAGACUACUGAUGCCGGAGGUGCUGGCACUGACGCCAACGUGUGUGUGGUUGUGUUCGGGGAGUACGGAGACACUGGGACGCUGCCUCUGAAGGAAAGCACCAACAGGAACAAGUUUGAGCGGAAAACAAAAGAUGUGUUCAGGUUCCCGGAAAUGCUGAGUCUGGGCGAACUGUCAAAGGUGCGAGUGUGGCACGAUAACAAAGGCCCUGCUCCUGGUUGGCACCUGGAGUACAUCGACGUGAAAGACGAGGCCAUGGACCAGACCUUCAGGUUCCCCUGCGACCGCUGGUUGGCUAAAAAUGAAGACGACACUCAGAUAAUGAGGGAGCUGGCCUGUGCCAACAACACCGCUAUAGACCUCAGUGACAAAACCAAAUAUGAAAUUGCCACAACAACUGCGAGCACAGACGGCGCCUCCACCACGGAAAACGCCUGGAUUGUGUUGGAAGGCAGGAAAGCUCGUUCCAAGGAAUUUGUUUUGGAGAAUAAGAAAAAGAAGUUCUUAGGCGGUGCCACCGACACGUUUGAGUUUUCGUCAAAGAACGUGGGAGACAUCGCCGGGAUCUGCAUCGGCCACAUCACGAAAGAUGGAAAGAAGGCGAGGAAAGUGGCCUUCUGGCACGUCUUGGACGUGGUGGUGACAGAACGGGAGCUGGGGAACAAGUAUUUCUUCCACUGUGAUGCUCAAAUCCCUCUGGCGGCCAAAAAGGACAAAUUCCAGACAUUCGAGUGCUUCAAGACCAUCGAGAGCUUCGCGAGCAAAGUCCGCGGCCUGGUCCCCGUCAAGUACGAAAUCAUCGUCAUCACGGGGGACGUGAAAGGAGCCGGCACGGACGCCAACGUUUCCAUCAGCAUCUUCGGCGCCAACGGCGACUCGGGCAAGCGCCACCUGCGGCAGAAGUUCCGCAACCUUUUUGAGCGAGGGCGAACGGAUCGCUUCGUUCUGGAGAUGCUGGACCUCGGGGAGCUGCUGAGGGUCAAGGUGGAGCACGACGGCAGCGGCUCCAACUGCGGGUGGUACCUGGCGUGUGUGGAGGUGACCAACACAGCCAACUCGGUGACGACCAUCUUCCAGUGCGGGAAGUGGUUGGACAAUCGGAAGGCCGACGGGCAGAGUCAACGAGUUCUCUACCCCAAAUAUUAGGAGGAGGAUGCAUGAGACGAAAUCAAUACACCUGAAUGCACUUUUAUGUCAACUUUUAAAGGAAACGCCGUUGCGCUUUUUUUGUUUGUUUGUGCCAACUGUUCAGGUUGCCCUCCUAACUUUGGAAAAAGUUCAAAUAGGUCAGACUAUCGAGGAUUGAUUUAAUAAACAAAUUAAAUGCAGAUGUUAAUGGUUGUCCAAUAUGUAAUGACUUUGUUUUGGAGGGAAAUAAUCACAUGUUCACAAAUUCAAAUUACGUUCGACAGAUCACAUUUUGAAAGCUGUGCAAUCUGACACAUUUUUGUAUUUAAACAUUUUUGAUAAGGAUCCCUUUAGUGCGACCAAGAAAUGUACAGAGCAGGACGAGGAUCCUGUUUCUUAAUGAUCUUGUAUACAUUUUGCAUUUCUUUACUGUAAAAUAAAAGCUGACAUGUGCACUGAUAGAUAUAUCUGCGACACGCUUAUAUUGUCCAAUGUAUGUUACACAAACUAUUGACCGUUGAGUGUAUAUAUAUAUGUACACUACCGUUCAAAAGUUUGAGGUCAUCCAGACAAUUUCGUGUCUUCCAUGAAAACUCACUUUUAUUUAUCAAAUGAAUUAAAAAUUGAAUAGAAAAUAUAGUCAAAACAUUGACAAGGUUAGAAAUAGAUUAAUAUUUGAAGUAUUAAUUUUGUUCUUCAAACUUCAAGCUCAAAGGAAGGCCAGUUGUAUAGCUUAUAUCACCAGCAUAACUGUUUUCAGCUGUGCUAACAUAAUUGCACAAGGGUUUUCUAAUCAGACAUUAGUCUUCUAAGGCGAUUAGCAAACACAAUGUACCAUUAGAACACUGGAGUGAUAGUUGAUGGAAAUGGGCCUCUAUACACCUCUGGAGAUAUUUCAUUAGAAACCAGACGUUUCCACCUAGAAUAGUCAUUUAACAUUAACAAUGUAUAGAGUGUAUUUUUGAUUAAUGUUAUCUUUAUUGAAAAAACUGCUUUUCUUUGAAAAAUAAAGACAUUUCUAAGUGAC